GAGACGGUGGGAGAGCCAUUCUUUCUGCUGAUCUGUGCCAUCAAGCAGCAGAUUAACAAAGGCUCCAUCGACGCCAUCACGGGGAAGGCGCGAUACACCCUCAACGAGGAGUGGCUCCUCGGGGAGGACACCCAGAACCUCAACGUCUCCUUCCAAGGCUGCGGGAUGGACUCCCUGAGUGUCAGGGCCAUGGACACAGACACGCUCAGCCAAGUGAAGGAGAAGAUUCUGGAGGCUUUCUGCAAGAACGUCCCCUAUUCCCAGUGGCCAAGGGUGGAAGAUGUUGACCUUGAGUGGUUCGCCACCAGCACCGACAGCUACAUCCUCCGGGACCUCGAUGACACCUCGGUGGUGGAGGAUGGCAGGAAGAAGCUCAACACGUUAGCGCAUUACAAGAUCCCUGAAGGGGCGUCGCUGGCCAUGAGUUUGUCGGACAAGAAGGACACCACGCUGAGCAGAGUGAAGGAUUUGGACACUGAGAAGUACUUCCACUUGGUUCUCCCGACUGACGAAUCUGUUGAACAUAAGAAGUCCCACAGACAGAGCCAUAGGAAGAAAGUCCUCCCGGAGAUCUACCUGACCAGGCUGCUCUCCACGAAGGGCACGCUGCAGAAGUUCCUGGAUGACUUGUUCAAAGCCAUUCUCAGUAUCCGAGAUGAUAAACCGCCUGUGGCCGUGAAGUAUUUCUUUGACUUCCUAGAGGAGCAAGCAGAGAAAAGAGGGAUCACAGACCCUGACACUAUGCACAUCUGGAAGACCAACAGCCUACCUCUGAGAUUUUGGGUCAACAUCCUGAAGAACCCGCAGUUCGUCUUCGACAUCGACAAGACAGACCACAUCGACGCCUGUCUCUCCGUGAUAGCCCAGGCCUUCAUUGACGCCUGCUCUCUGUCUGACCUGCAGCUGGGCAAG